AUGCCAUCUAUCGCACCCUCAAUCUAUAUCCCAUCCCCAUCUUCCAAAAGGACCUAUCAAGUUGAAUGCGAAGAGCCACCCAGUAACCCUUUUUAUCACACUAAAUUCCAAAAAGCACUCUCAGGAGCCAUGUCAUGCAUCACCGAUAUGAACAAGGUCUUGUCUAGUACCAGUCUACAUCAGGAAGCUGGGUCAACUGUCCACAGCCUUCAGCAACAGGCUGUGGAUCUGGGGCGUCAGGAGCUUCCCUCGUUGCGUAUUGUUGGUAUGAUUGGUGAUUCUGCGGUAGGAAAGAGCAGCCUCAUCAACUCACUACUCGAUAAGCCGAACCUAGCAAAAUCGAGUGGCAAUGGUGCUGCUUGUACCUAUACGGUCACAGAAUACUUGUAUCACGACAGUGAUAAGUUUACCAUUCAAGUCCAGUACUUUGACCGAGAUGAGCUCGAGCAUCAAUUCAAAGACCUCCUGAGCGCGUACCGAAACAUAAAGGACCCUCAUGAUAAUCUGGAACCAGGGCAGCAGAACGAACAAGACCUGCAAGAGAACAAGGAAGCUUUGUUACACAAGGCCAAUCUCGCGAGGCAAACUUUUGAAGCAGUUUUCACUCGGCAUCUCAAAGAAGAUCCCGAAGCCCUCUCACGCGAAGAAUUCAAUACCACUAUCGAGAAGAUGAUGCUUUGGGUCCGGGAACUGCUUCCAGAAUCCGAAGACGAGGAAACCUUUGCUACCGUUCAAGAGUGCGCUGAUCGGCUGGUCAUUCUGACUUCGGGGGCCGGUAAUUCAUUCUCGAGUUCACAAACUGGCAUGCGCUGGCCCUUGAUCAAAAGUAUGAAAGUAUACUUGAGAGCAGUCAUACUGAGCAAAGGACUCGUCUUAGCGGAUGUGCCUGGGCUUCGCGACAGCAACCUUGUGCGUGCACGGAUUACGGAGCAAUACAUUCGUCAAUGCGAUCAGAUCUUUGCCGUUCUACCUAUCGAACGGGCUAUUGACGACAAAAGUCUCGACAACAUAUUCAAAUUAGCACAAGAUGCAAACCUCUGCAAAGUCGACAUAGUAUGCACCAAGUCCGAACAAGUGAAUCCUACAGAGGCUGCUCCUGAACGGCCAGAACACAAGGAAGCGAUUGAAGUGCUUCGAAAAGAGAUGGAAAGCAUACGUGUACGCGUAAAUGAGGUGGCAGAAGCAAUCCGCGAAAGGAAGACACUCAAUGUCAGACAUGAGGAUCUCAGGAAAGAUGAAGGAUACCGAGAGUUGGUGAUGGAACAUCACGAGUUGAAGGAAAGCAUGACGUCAAAAGAGCACGAGCUCUUCCGCCUGCUCGUUGAAAUCCGCAAUACUGCAGUCAUUGCUAAACUCUCCGCCAAACACCGGAAACCGGAAAGCGAAAAAUUUCCCGAAGUAUUCUGUGUGAGCAACUAUUUGUACAAGGACAAUCGUUCCGAAACUGGUCCAGUGGAUCUUGCUGCCAUCCGCCUUAGCGGCAUUCCGCAUCUUCGACGAUAUUGCAUCGGAAUUAUUGCGGAGAGCCAUUACCGAAUAUCUAGGCAACUAAUCGAUCAUGAACUCCCAGCAUUCCUUGGUUCGGUUGAACUAUGGGUAAACUCUGGAGGCGGUAAUGUCACGUUGGAACAACAGGGAAUUCGCGAGAUUCUACCUAAGAUUGGUGAAUGCUUGCUCAAGGUACGGAACUACUUGACUUUUGAAGACGAAGAGAUUUUGGUUAAUGCCAUAUCGCAUGUCAUGCUAGGGAAGUUUAAAGAGACGAUAGCGGAUCGUAUGACUUCCUCGGCUACAAAGUGGUCUAAAUAUGCCGAAGAGGCUAACAAACCAUGGAAUAUAUGGAGUCCUGCUUCUUACUCUGCAUUCUGUCGCAAUCAUGGAAACCAUUCUACAUCAGCAGUUGGCUACCAUAAUUGGAACAAAGAAGCGAUGGCAUGUUUGAAAGAAGACAUGGAAGUUGUUUGGAAAUUUUUUGUUAUGGAUCUGGAAGAGGCGUUGUUGAAGCUAACUGCCAACAUAAAAAAACUGCUUGACCAUAUGCACUUCUUGGCAGAGCCUAGACGAGGAAACGGAGCGUUUUUGGUGCGAAGCCGCAAUUCAGUAAUGUGGGGGCUCUGCAAUUCCCUGAGGCAUCGCAGGGAUAUUGUACUUGAUGGUAUAGAGGAGAGCCGGGAAGAUUUCUUGUCAGAGAUGGCCACACUCAAAGUGAAUACUCUUGGAUCUUUACAAACAGCGUUCGUAGGAGAGUGCAUGAAGAAGACGUAUGAUGAAGCCAACAGUAUACACGGCCCGGGGUGCACAAAAAAGAAAAGAGCAUUGAUCACUGGACGAUUCGGCUCCGAGCGGUUGUUCGUGGACAUGCGGAAAGCAUGCAGGGCUGAUUUUGCACGUCUCGCAGAAAAACUACAGGAUGACAUGUGGAGUGUGCUGCAAGACCAGAUUGCUUACAUUGAAAGAGAUCUGAACGGGUUACGAGAGAGCCUUGCAGAGAUGGACAGUGAACGUGAUCCAGGUUUCAGGGACAAAGUACAAAGAGCAAUGGUGGAUACUGAGGAGAAGAUUGCCGAGGCUCAGCAGCUUAUUCGUGAGGCAGAAGAGGAGAUGAAGGCGCGAGCACCUUGA